AUGGCGGACGCGUCCCUCCGGCCCCACGCGCCGCCCCGCCGCGACCUCAUGAGCCGCGACGGCGGCGGCGCCAGCACAGCGGCCGCCGCGGCCGCGGCCGCGCGCGCCGCAGAGGCGGCAGACCUGGGAGCGCUCCAGCGAGAGCAGCUGGCGGCGGGCCGAUACGCUGAGGCCGCGCGCACCGAGAAGCGCCUGGGAGAGCUAAAAAUGGCUGCGGAGCAGCAGGCGCUCGAGGAGCUGCGCCUGCGCCAGGCCUCUGAGCUGUCGUCCCUGCGUCAGCAGUUCCAGGAGGAGGGCGCCGCGUUCGCCUCCGCAUGGGACGCGGAGAUGCGCCAGUUGGCGUCCGCCGCGGCGGCGGCGGAGCAGGCCCAGAUGGAGCGGUGCCUAAAUGAUCUGGCCGAGGUCAAGGCUGCGCCUACCACCACGCCGCGCGCCACGUUCCGCGCGUCGCCGGCGCUGCUGAACCUGCGGCGCGUCCAGGCGGCGCUCGUGCAGCAGCGGCAGUUCCUCAAAGCGCAGCAGGUCCAGCAGCAGGCCGACGAGAUGCAGGCUGCAGAGAUGGGCGCGCAGGCGGCCGCGGCGGACGCGCGGCAUCGGGUGGACGAGGCCAAGCUGGCGGCGCGGCAGGCGAAGGAGCAGGAGGCCCUGGCUCUCAGGCUGACGAUGGCUGAGAGCGAGGCCAAGCUGCGGCGGCAGGACGAGAUGCAAAGGAUGACGCGGCGGCAGCAGGCACUGUGGCAGGCGACCGAGCGCAGCCAUGCCCGCGAGCGCCUGCAGCUCGAGUCAGCCCUGCGGGGCACCCUGGGCAUAAAGCGGCCCACAAACCUGCUGGCCCUUCCCUCUAUUGGUACCUCCAUCGCCGCCACCACGCUGCUGAGCAGCCCGAAGACCGUCGCGGCCGCGCCCCAGCUGCAAUGGGAUGCGCCGCUGCCGCAGCAGCAGCUGCAGCAGCUGCAGCAGCUGCAGCAGCAGCAGCCGGGGCGCGCCACGACGCCGGUUGGCGGGAGCCCUGCGGCGGGCGGGUCCGUGAGUCGCAGCGGCGGUACGCUGGCCGCGACACAGCCACAGAAGGGCGCAGGCGCCGGCGGCCGAGGCCGCGGAACAGCGUCACUUGCCGCCCCGCGCGCCAGCGGCACGCACCGCCUGGCAGCGCCCGGAGCCGCGACCGGCCAUUGGGCCCUCAGCAGCACCGCCGCCGCGCCCGCGACAGAGGAUCUCGCCGACUCGUUCUUCGGCGGGACUGUGUCGCGCGGCGCAAGCGGCAUCACCAUGGCGCAAGAGGCUGGCGCGCCCCCAUGGCCUCCGCUGGUCGGCGCCGCAGCCGGCGAGCCAGGCACCAGCCGCGGCGACAACAGUGAUGGCCGGCCCGGUGGCCUUUCGCAGCAUGCGGGGCCGGUGCACCUCGGCCGCCCAGUGACAAGGCAGGCGCCGGCCGGCCGCAGCGGCUCCGGGGGCCCCGCGCAGCCGCUGUCUGGGGUAGAUGGCGGCAGCAGCAGCGGCAGCUCUCGAGACAAUGGUGUGACGAGGUUGCCCUCUGAUGGCGGGGGGGAGCAGGCAUCAACCCUGACGGCCGCCUCAGAGCACGCCCAGCAGCACUGCAACGUCGAUGUGCGGCAGGUGGAGGGGCAGCAGCUUCCGCCCGACUUCAUGCCCUGGCGGGGGGCGGUGUCUGUGUUCAACACUCUAGAGCCGGAGCCGCUGCUACAGGCGCUGUGCCUGGAGGGGUCACACGCGGCCGGCGAGGGGGAGGCGGGGGACGAGGGGGAGGCGGGGCCGGCGGAGGGGCUGCAGCAAGGGCUGGGCGGGGAGGAGCGCCAGGGGCAGCAGCAUGAGCAGGAGGAGGACUGGCAGGAGCGGUGGCAGCAGGACAGAUAG